AUGGAAAAUGGUGAGUACGAUAAGGCUGCAGAGGAAAAGCACCGUGUAGAAGUGAAGCAAAGGACUGCAAAAAAGGAACGGGAACAAAGAGGAGAAGAAUACAGGCCUAGAUGGUUUGUCCAAGAAGAACACCCGAUCACCAAGAGUUUAUAUUGGAAAUAUAAUGGUGAGUACUGGACGAAGAGAAAGAACCAUGAUUUCGGGGAUUGUGUUGAUAUCUUCUAA